GUCGUUAGAUCGGUCUUACCGCUGUGACUAUUUCGACUACUAUGUCUUUAUUCCUCCAAUUUAUGGAAGACCUUGGGGUGCGGGAGUCAUUCUCCACAGCUGGUCAUACGUUACUACUCUAUGACUAUUUCCUGACUUUUGGAGAAGAAGUCGAUUACAUCUGGGACUCUCCCUGGACGGUUGUGAAAAUCACGUUUCUUCUAAGCCGGUACGGAAACCUUAUUGGACAGACUACCAUCCGGCUGGAAGAGGCUGGUCUUCUCGCACAUCAUUCUCAAAACUUCUGUCGAGACUUCGCGAUUUUUACCUCUUGCUUUAUGUUUGUAUCCAUCGAGUCGAUGCACAUCCUUGUGCUCCUGCGCACAUGGGUCAUCUGGGGAACUCAAAAGCGUGUGGCGAAAAUCCUCACCUGGAGCUACGCGGGCUACGUCGUUGUAAUGUUGUCUAGCUCAGUGUACGGAUUAUACGCCGGUGAUAUUCAGUUUCAGUUUCUCGACGUGAUUCAAGUUUGCGUAGCGACAGCGCCUAAAUAUGUGUGGUCAAUUUAUGCUGCAAGCUUUAUUUUUGAUACAGUACUCUUCGUCUUGACGAUGCGAAGUCUUCGGAUAUACUCUAGGGAAUUUCAGCAACUCUACCCAUCUAGUCUCCUCCGUGUACUCUUUCGAGACGCGACUUUAUUUUUUAUCGCUAGUGUGUUCAGUAACACAUUGACCGUCAUCUCUUGGACUGCAUUCAGGACUGAUCCAAAAUAUUUCCUUGCUAAAGGUUUUGCGACUCCGGUACUUUCAGUAGCUGGUCAGCGCCUAGUCCUGAACCUUCGAGGUCUUCAAACACGUUCCUACGCAACUCGCGAUCUCAGCCGUGAAGUGGACCGGCAACUUCGAGCAUUUGCUGAUGUGGGCUCUCCAGGCCUAGAUGAUGUAAAAGAGUCGUGAAGGUGUGUGGGAGUAGGUUAGUAUCGGAGAUAUGGUUUCAAGGUUUAUCUUGGUUAACUCGGUCACCAUCUGUUAUAGGGUGUUGUUCUGUACCGAGACAUCAGGGAAUCGAUUGAACAUGGACGACUUCGUGCUUACCUUUAUUCUGGGAUUUCCUAGCGUUUCCUAUGCCCCUUUUAAAAUUUUGUAUGUAUUUGACUGCAUACCUCAAUCUCAGUGACCAUCUCCGACUGACUGUAACUAGUGAUAGACUAACGAGUAGCUAACCUGCCCUGUAAUAAAUUGUGCUAUCGUCUGAUGUGA